AUGACGAUCCAGAGCAGCUCCAGCGCGCGCGGCUGCAAGGCUGUGGAGGUCACGGGGCCAUGUGGCGGUUUUUCUACAAUUCUAGUAGCUGUCUGCAAAGGUGGUUUUGCAAUUUCAGCAGCUGUCUGCAGUGGCUGUUCUGCAAUUCCAGCAACUGUCUGCAGUGACUGUUUUGCAAUUCCAGCAACUGUUUGCAGCGGCUGUUUUGCAACUCCGGUAGCUAGAGGUGGUUGCACAGCGCUAGGAAGCGGCUGCAAGGUGUUGGCAGUCAUGGUUCUUUGCGGUUGCAACGAGCUUGGCUUGGCUGCUCAGUGUCAAGACCCCAGUGCUCCACUCAGUGCCAAGAUUGGAAUUGCUUGGCAAUGCGCAUUGGAAUUCAAAUUCACUGUGACAUCGAUUUCUUUGGUGGAAAGCAUUCACGCCUUGGUACUGAAACGUGGCAAUGCUUGCAUCGAACUUAUAGGGAACCCAAUUUGUGUUCUUGACGUGGAUUUAGGUCGUGAGGCUUGUGUCAAAUGA